AUGCAGGGGAGGGGGUGGCAUCUUCCGUCUUCAGGCGCGGGCCUGGCCCAGAGGCGACAGGAAGCCAGGACGCCGGGGAUUGUCUCUCGCAACCGCAGCCCAGCCCCAGUCCGGGAGGAAGUUCUGCCGGGCGCUCUCCGCGGGUGCCUCCCUGGUUAUACUGUUAUACAGGAAACCUGGCAGCGCCGGAGCCGCGCGGUCGAGGAGGGAGUGCGGGACGCCGAGCCCACGCAAGCCUGCCGGGACAAGUGGAGGCGAGGCCGGCGAGCGGACGCCCCGAGGUCGGCGAAGGAGCUGUGGCCGGGUCCCCUUCUUAUCCAGCCCGAGACAUUGCGCUCCGGUGGGCGUCCCUGCGCUGGGAAUCCCGCUCGGAGUUUUUCCAGGCCCGGCCGGGUUGCGCCGGGAAAGGCCGUGGUGGGGGAGGUGGGCCCGGAGCGGGCAGGUCUGCAAUCCGGUUGGAAGGGCUCGCAGUGGGUGAUUCAGGGUGCAAAUGACCUCCCCGCGAACGGGAACGCCCGCACUAGACAACCAGUCCUAACCCGGCAUUCCCAGAGCCGCGGGCGGGAGGGACGCAGGGACUCCGGGACAGCAAAUCCCCGGGGGAGAAGGGAAGGGGGAAGGCGGGGCAGGGGAGGCCCACUCUCCUUGGGCUCCGCUAGCGACCAGCCAGCGCCCCUUCAGACGCAGCCUUCCUGGCUCCCGGCCCCGGCCUUCUGCUCCAGGCCUCGUCCCAAUGCCCCCCAAGGUCCCCAGCAGAGGCAUUCUGGCUCCUCCUCGCCCCUCCCAGACACAGCUGCUUUGGGUAUGGGUGACAGCACUCCUGAGCGUCCCUGUCCCUAUUCGCUGCCGUUGCCAGCUCCGAUUCCGCUCAACCUCUCGGGCCCCCCGCUGGAAGCCCCGCCCAGGGCGAUGGUGGGGGCCUAACCUGCCGGCUCCGCCCACCCGGCCCUUGGGCUCCCUGAGGCCCGCCCAGCCGACGUGAGUGCGCUGCGGGGUCCAGGGGGAAGGGUCGCCGGGGCAGUGUCCACCUUGGGGUUUACUGUCUCUGGGCAGCUCGAUGACCGCGCCUCCGGGGCCCAGUGUGCUUAGUGACUCAGUGUAUACCCUUUCCUCGUCGAGGAACGCUUGAGAAAGUGGCGAAGGAGCCCUACGGGAGUCCCAGUUGGACCCUGCUCCUUCGGUCCCUCAGCCUCGGCAAGCGGCGGUCUCCUGGCCCCUGGUCCGGGUCACCUUAGGAGGCAGGAGGAGAUGUGGUCAGUGUGGGAGCUUGGAGGGGCCAUGCACUUCCGGAGAAGACCACCGACUCAUGGCUUUGGUGGAGGGGCGCCGGCAGAUUUAGUUAGGCUCUCUCCCAUCCCUGACACACCGAGCCGGGGCGGGACCGGGGCUUGUGACCACUCCGGAGAGCUUUGGGGGUCCCUGCUCUGGGACUCCGCACGUACAGUCACUGUCUCGGAGUGCAUUCUCCAGGGGCCACUCUCGUGGGGACACUGUAGGGGUCACAGGGCAGGUGGGCAGCCUUUCUCGGGGGGCGGCGUGAGAGCCGGAGAGCAGGGGGCGGGGGCGGGCCGGGCUCGGGCUCACGUCUGAGUUGAAGCCGCUGGGGAAGGAGAGAGAAACCGAGAGAACCGGUUUCCCCGCCUUGACAGCGGAGGCCCCCACACCAAGGCCCUUGGACUAAGCGGGACAGGGACAGCCUCCAGGUAGAGCUGUUCGCCGGGGCGCCUGCAGAGCCCGCAUCCCAACCCUGACCCCGGGGCCGGGGCGCAGGCUCCUGGAGGGAGGCGGUGCUACGGGACCCUCUGCGGAUUCUCUGCGGGCGGGAGGCGUCCAGGCGGGACAGGGCCCGGGGAGCAGCAGGAAAUGGGCUGCUCUUCCCACUUGACUGACGGGAAAACUAAGGCUCGGUCAACUAUCAAGCAAGCGUGGUGUCGACCUUAGAGCAGGUAAUCACCCCUCGUUUUAAAGCCAAGGUUUCCCUCGCAGUCGAUUUGGACCAAGACUACCCACAAUCUUCCCCACCGCAGGACUGAAGCGAGGCUCAAAUCUUAUAAUCAACCCCACGGAAUGAAAGGGUUGUCCUAAUUCCAGCACUGAGUGUAAGAAUGGAAGCCUUAGAUGUGAGUGUAAGAAUGGAAGCCUUAGAUGUGAUUUUAUGCAAGUUCCCAUUUUAGAAAUGGGAAAACUGAGGCCUGAAGGCGAACGGCAAGUGCAGCAUCGGGACUCGAACCCAAGUCUGUCCUCGAGUGCGGGGCUAUUCCGGGCUCAGUGGUCUUGACUUCCGCGGCCCUCCUCCUUGUUGCCUGCAGGAAAACGCCGCGGCCGCGAUGGCGGCGGACGUGGAGGGAGACGUGUACGUACUGGUGAAGCACCCCUUCGAGUACACCGGCAAGGACGGGCGCCGCGUGGCCAUGCGGCCCAAUGAGCGCUACCGGCCGCUGCGGCGCAGCACAGAGCACUGAGCACUGGUGGCACGUGCGGCGCAAGCCCGGCGGCCGCCCCUUCUACCUGCCCGCGCCGUACGUGCGCGAGCUGCCUGCGCUGGGCAACGCUGCCACUGACGCGCCGCCAGGUCCCCCCCUCGGGACCCGCAGCGCCUGAGCCGCUCGCCUACGACUACCGGUUCAUGAGCGCGGCGGCGGCGGCGGCAGCGGGCCCCAACGGCCCCCGCGUGGAGCCCCGAGGCGAGGCCAGCUCCCUGUGCCGCCCUGCGCAGCGCCGCGCCGCGAGCCAGCGCAGCAGCCUGGCGCCUGGCCUGCCCGCCUGCCUGUACCUGCGGCCCACGGCGCCCGUGCGGCCCGCGCAGUCCCUGGACGACCUGACGCGCGCCGCCGUCUCGCCUCCCGCCGGCCACCUCGGAAGCAGCGGCAGCUUCAAGGCCUGCAGCGUAGCGGGCUCCUGGGUGUGCCUGCUGCCCCUGGCGCGCAGCGACUCAGAGAACAUCUAAGAGGCCAUCCAGGAGGUGCGCGGGCCGCCGCGGUAGGAGAUCGUGAAGCAGGUACGACCCCGGGCGCGGAGGCGGGGAGGCUCGCUGAGGACCGCGCGCCCACCUCUGUCGGAAGACUUCGGAUGAGCUCCCUCUCCCCAACCGCAAAACAGUGCAGGCCCCCAUCCCUCAUCUGCAAUUCCCAGGCUCCAAAGCUCCCUGGAAGCCCGAAAGGUUUUUCGUAAUCAAAUUGGUGGCAAAAUUGCGCUUGAACUGA